AUGAAAGAUCAGAAUGCUCCCUUGAGCGUCAUCAUUAUUGGUGGCGCCGUCUCAGGCCUCACCCUAGCCCAUUGCAUGGAAGCUGCAGGCAUCGACUAUGUUGUUCUCGAAAAGCAUAACGAUAUCUGCACCAACAUUGGCGGAUCCCUUGCCUUGCAACCACAUGGAGCUCGCGUCCUCGACCAGUUGGGCCUUUUUGAACAACUGGAGAAAUUGACUAAUAAUAUUACCAAGUUUCACACAUGUAAUUAUGAUGAUACGCAUACCAGUCUUUUUCCUACGUGGACUAUGGAAAGCCUAGGGUACCCCAUGACAGUCCUAAGGCGUACGAACUUUCUCAGGACGGUGUACAGCGCGCUAAAGGAUCAAUCCAGAAUCAAAACGGGGACCAAAGUCGUCAGAAUUCGAGCCAAUUCUACAGUAGAUGCUCCUCUCAUAGUUGAAACUGAGGACGGGACCCAGUACACAGGCGACGUCAUCGUGGGAGCCGACGGAGUCCACAGUAUCACUCGAUCUGAGAUGUGGCGGAUUGCGAAUGAACAGCAGCCAGGGUUGAUUACGGAGGAAGAGAAGCGCAGAAUGACUGUUGACUACAUGUGUAUAUUUGGCAUCUCAACACCCAGUCGAAGUCUCUUUCCACCCGGUGAGCAGGUAAAUCGCUUUCAAAAAGAUGUGGCCGUGUUCAUACUCCAAGGUCACGAUGGCACUGUCAGCUGGUUCAUGAAUAUCAAAUUGGACAAAAGAUACGUCAUGCCUCAUGUACCCUCAUGGUCGAACGAGGAGACCAGAGCUCGCGGGGAAAAACUGGCAGGUCUUCACUUGUCAGACGGUGUCUACUUUCGAGAUGUCUGGGAAUCUGCUGAGACAAUAUCAUCCACGCCCGUGUACGAGGGCAUGUUCCAAGUGAGGACAUGUGGUCGUAUUGCAUGUAUUGGUGACAGUUCUUUCAAGGUGUCUCCUGAUCUCGCACAUGGAGCAAAUCUUGCAAUAGAGAGUGCUGCUGCCAUUUCUAACACACUGCACCGAAUUAACAUGAACAUCAAUACCCUGAACAGAAGGCCAACAAAUGCGGAUGUCGAGGAGGGACUGGUAGAAUGGGCGAGAUCCUGUCAGUAUAGAUUGGCGGAGACCAACAUAUAUUCACGAUUUGUAACCAAGGCGGGAGUCCAUUACUCCUUCAUUCACCGUGUCCUUCACCGUGCUGCAAUGCAAUACACCCUCGACGUCCAAUUCCACAGGUAUAUGACCAUCUUGAACAAGGGAAGGACAUUGGACUUUUUGCCUUUCCCCGAUCGGGGCAGGGAUGCCUGGGAAAAGUAUAAGGGAGCAGGGGCAAUGCGGACAGUAUGCGCCGCUGCAUUCUUUCCUGUUGGUUUGAUACUUUCCAUUUGCUCAGUAUUUCGAGAAGUUGUGUUUUUCCCUUCGAAGGAGCAGAAGAAGGCAUUGAUGUAG